CGCCCGCCCCCUCCUCUGCCCGCCCUCUCGCCGGCGGCCCCGCCCCUCCCCCAACCGCCGGACUAGCAUGGUUCGGCGGCCGCGCGCGCAGACAUGGGGGAGAAGCUGGAGCUGAGGCUCAAGUCUCCCGUGGGGGCCGAGCCCGCCGUCUACCCGUGGCCGCUGCCGGUCUACGACAAACACCAUGAUGCUGCUCAUGAAAUCAUUGAGACCAUUCGAUGGGUCUGUGAGGAAAUCCCAGAUCUCAAGCUGGCCAUGGAGAAUUACGUCUUAAUUGACUACGAUACCAAAAGUGGCAAUGGCGUGGCCCCUCGGCCAUGCAGUCCUGCUCUGGGACGGUACCUCUCUCUUGCCUAUUCCAGCUUCGAGAGCAUGCAGAGGCUGUGUGACAAGUACAACCGAGCCAUCGACAGCAUCCACCAGCUGUGGAAGGGGACCACCCAGCCCAUGAAGCUGAACACACGGCCGUCCAAUGGGCUCUUGCGGCACAUCCUGCAGCAGGUCUACAACCACUCGGUGACCGACCCAGAGAAGCUGAACAACUAUGAGCCCUUCUCCCCCGAGGUCUACGGGGAAACCUCCUUCGACCUGGUGGCCCAGAUGAUCGAUGAGAUCAAGAUGACCGAGGAUGAUCUGUUCGUGGACCUGGGCAGUGGUGUGGGGCAGGUGGUCCUCCAGGUUGCUGCAGCCACCAAUUGCAAACAUCACUAUGGAGUCGAGAAAGCAGACAUCCCAGCCAAGUAUGCGGAGACCAUGGACCGAGAGUUCAGGAAGUGGAUGAAAUGGUAUGGAAAAAAGCAUGCAGAAUACACACUGGAACGGGGUGACUUUCUGUCAGAAGAGUGGAGAGAGCGGAUUGCCAACACGAGUGUUAUAUUUGUGAAUAACUUUGCCUUUGGUCCUGAGGUGGAUCACCAGCUGAAGGAGCGAUUUGCAAACAUGAAAGAAGGUGGGAGAAUUGUAUCCUCAAAGCCCUUUGCGCCUCUGAACUUCAGAAUAAACAGCAGAAACUUGAGUGACAUCGGCACCAUCAUGCGUGUGGUGGAGCUGUCACCCCUGAAGGGCUCCGUGUCGUGGACGGGGAAGCCGGUGUCCUACUACCUGCACACUAUUGACCGAACCAUACUUGAAAAUUAUUUUUCUAGUCUGAAAAACCCAAAACUCAGGGAGGAACAGGAGGCCGCUCGGCGCCGGCAGCAGCGAGAGAACAAGAGCAAUGCGACCACCCCAACUAAGGUCCCCGAGAGCAAGGCGGCUGGCCCCGCCGAGGCCCCCAUGGACUCUGGUGCUGAGGAAGAGAAGACCGGGGUGACCGCAGUCAAAAAGCCGUCGCCCUCCAAGGCCCGGAAGAAGAAGCUGAACAAGAAAGGGCGGAAGAUGGCUGGUCGGAAGCGUGGGCGCCCCAAGAAAAUGAACACUGCGAACCCUGAGCGCAAGCCCAAGAAGAACCAAAUUGCACUGGAUCUCCUUCAUGCCCAGACCGUGUCCCAGACGGCGUCCUCCUCACCCCAGGAUGCAUACCAGUCCCCUCACAGCCCCUUCUACCAGCUACCUCCGAGUGUGCCACGGCAUGGCCCCAACCCGCUGCUGGUGGCGCCCACCCCACCCGCACUGCAGAAGCUGCUAGAGUCCUUCAAGAUCCAGUACCUGCAGUUCCUGGCAUACACAAAGACGCCGCAGUACAAGGCCAACCUGCAGCAGCUGCUGGACCAGGAGAAGGAGCGGAAUGCACAGUUGCUGGGUACGGCGCAACAGCUCUUCGGACACUGCCAGGCCCAGAAGGAGGAGAUCCGCAGGCUCUUCCAGCAGAAAUUGGAUGAGCUGGGUGUGAAGGCACUAACCUACAAUGACCUGAUCCAAGCCCAGAAGGAGAUCUCAGCCCACAACCAGCAGCUUCGGGAGCAGUCGGAGCAGCUGGAGAAGGACAACAGAGAGCUGCGCAGCCAGAGCCUGCAGCUGCUCCGGGCGCGCUGCGAGGAACUUAAGCUGGACUGGUCCACGCUGUCCCUGGAGAACCUGCGCAAGGAGAAGCAGGCACUGCGGAGCCAGAUCUCUGAGAAGCAGCGGCACUGCCUGGAGCUGCAGAUCAGCAUCGUGGAGCUGGAGAAGAGCCAGCGGCAGCAGGAGCUCUUACAGCUCAAGUCCUGUGUGCCUCCUGACGAUGCCCUGUCCCUGCACCUGCGUGGGAAGGGUGCCCUGGGCCGAGAGCUGGAGGCCGAGGCUGCCAGCAGGCUGCACCUUGAGCUGGACUGUACCAAGUUCUCCCUGCCUCCCUUCAGCAGCAUGAGCCCUGAGCUCUCCAUGAAUGGCCACACUGCCAGCUAUGAGCUCUGCAGCGCACUGAGCCGACCCUCAUCCAAGCAGAACACUCCGCAGUACCUGGCCUCCCCUUUGGACCAGGAGGUCGUGCCCUGCACCCCCAGCCACAGUGGCCGGCCUCGGCUGGAGAAGCUGUCGGGUCUGGCCUUGCCAGAUUACACCAGGCUGUCGCCGGCCAAGAUCGUGCUGCGCCGGCACCUGAGUCAGGACCAUAGCGGGUCUGCCAAGGCAGCAGCAAGUGAGCCACAUCCGAGAGCCGAGCACGCCAAGGAGAACAGCCUUCCCUACCAGAGCCCUGGUCUGUCCAACAGCAUGAAGCUGAGUCCUCAGGACCCAAGGCCCACCUCGCCUGGGGCUGCCCCCACAGUAGGGGAGAAGAACAGUGAGAAGGCUGGGAAGGAACGGAUGUACAGCAGCCAUGGGGAGACCAUCACCAGCCUGCCCAUCAGCAUCCCACUCAGCACCGUGCAGCCCAAUAAGCUCCCUGUCAGCAUUCCCCUGGCCAGUGUGGUCCUGCCCAGCCGCGCCGAGAGGGUGAGGAGCACCCCCAGCCCUGGGCCGCAGCCCCGAGACUCUUCGUCCACACUUGAAAAACAGAUCGGUGCUAGUGCCCACAGUGCCGGGAGCAGUGCCUCAGGAAACCGGAGCCUGGCCCUGGCAUCUGCAGGCUUCUCCUAUGCUGGCUCCGUGGCCAUCAGCGGGGCCCUGGCUGGCAGCCCGGCACCCCUGGUGCCUGGAGCUGAGCCAGCUGCCUUUGACGAGUGCUCUGGCUCAGGGAGCCUCUUCGCCACUGUGGGGUCACGAAGCGCUACCCCACAGCACCCACCUCUGCUGGCACAGCCUCGGAACUCGGGACCUGCCUCUCCUGCCCACCAGCUUUCUGCCAGUCCCCGGCUUGUGGGGGCCGCCCAGGGCCUGCUCCCCGACACAGGCAAGGGUGACCUACCCACCGAUCCCAGCUUCUCAGACCCAGAGAGCGAUGCCAAGAGGAGAAUCGUGUUCACCAUCUCUGCUGGUGCAGGCGGUGCCAAGCAGUCACCCUCCACCAAGCACAGUCCCCUGGCCCCAGGUGCCCGUGGGGACUGUGGGUCCAGCCAUGGGCAGGACAGCCGCAAGCGUGGCCGGAGGAAGCGCAUGUCAGCUGGGACCCCCAGUCUAAGCACAGGCGUGUCUCCCAAGCGGCGAGCCCUGCCCACUGUCGCCGGUCUCUUCACCCAGUCCUCAGGGUCCCCUCUCAACCUCAGCUCCAUGGUCAGUAACAUCAACCAGCCGCUGGAGAUCACGGCCAUCUCGUCCCCAGAGAACUCCCUGAAGAGCUCUCCCAUCCCCUACCAGGACCAUGACCAGCCCCCCGUGCUGAAAAAGGAGCGGCCCCUGGGCCAGACCAAUGGGGCGCACUACUCCCCGCUGACCUCAGAUGAGGAGCCGGGCUCUGAAGACGAGCCCAGCAGUGCCCGAAUUGAGAGAAAAAUUGCAACCAUUUCCUUGGAAAGCAGAUCUCCCCCGAAAACCUUGGAAAAUGGUGGCAGCUUGGCGGGAAGGAAGCCGACACCCUCAAGUGAGCCAGUUAACAGCAGCAAGUGGAAGUCCACCUUCUCACCCAUCUCCGACAUCAGCCUGGCCAAGUCCGCGGACAGCCCUCUGCAGGCCAGCUCUGCCCUGGGCCAGAACUCCUUGUUCUCAUUCCGGCCGGCCCUGGAGGAGCCCACAGCAGUCGACACCAAGCUCACCACCCACCCUAGGAAAAGCUUUUCUGGGGCGCUGUCGGGCACCGAUGGGCUCAGCCCUGGUGCCAACCCUCCCAAUGGCCUGACCUUCAGUGGAGGCCUGGCUGCGGACCUCAGUUUACAUGGCUUCAACGAUGGUGCUUCCCUUGCCCACAAGGGCCCCGAGGCAGCUGGCCUGAGUGCCCCACUGAGCUUCCCCUCACAGCGGGGCAAGGAGGGCCCCCCAGAAGCCAACCCCUUCCUGAAUAAGAGGCAGCUGGAGGGCCUAGGAGGCCUGAAAGGUGAAGGUGGCCCAGGCAAGGAGCCAGGCGAGCCAGGCCUGCCCCUUUGUGGGCCCACAGACAAGACUGCCCUGCCACAUGGCAGCAGGGCCAGCAAGGCCCGGGACCGAGAGCUCGACUUCAAGAAUGGCCACAACCUCUUCAUCUCUGCGGCUGCUGUGCCCCCCGGGGGCCUCCUGGGUGGCCCCAGCCUCACCCCAGCAGUGUCUUCUGCAAGCAGUGCAGCCCCAUCAGCCCAGGCACACCGCCCCUUCCUGGGCGCCUUCACCCCUGGACCGCAGUUCUCCCUCGGCCCAGUGUCCCUGCAAGCCAACCUGGGUGCAGUAGCCGGCUCUUCCGUGCUGCAGUCCCUUUUCAGCUCUGUGCCGGCUGCCGCUGGCCUGGUGCAUGUAUCAUCUGCUGCCACCCGCCUGACCAACUCACACGCGAUGGGCAGCUUCCCCUCUGGGGUGGCUGGCGGAACCGUUGGAGGUGUCUCUAACCACGCGGUGCCUUCCGCCUCUGCUCGCCCGUUUGGAGCCAGUGUCGGCAGCGGGGCUGUGUGCAGCAGCGCCACGCUGGGCCUGGGCCCACUGCAGGCGGCGGCCAGCACCUCGGCCUCUUCCUUUCAGGCCCCGGCCUCGGCCGAGACGCGGCCGCCCCCUCCGCCUCCCCCGCUUCCUCCUCAGCACCUGGGCAUCCUCCACGCGCCCCCUCCGCCUAAUGUCACCUUGGCUCCUCCCCCUGCGCUGCUGGCCUCUAACCCUGAGCCUGUGCUUCUGCAGAACCUAGCGUCCAUCCCAGCUAACAAAGCUUUUUUACCCCUUUCUUCUGCCGCCUCUCUACAGCCUGCUAACGCCUCUCUGUCUGUCAAGCUAGCCUCCCUCCCGCACAAGGCCUCCCGCCCUUCCUUCACGGUGCACCACCAGCCCCUGUCCCGGCUGGCCCUGGCGCAGGCUGCGCCCGCCGUCCCACAAGCCAGCGCCACAGGGCCGUCUGCUGUGUGGGUUUCCCUUGGCAUGCCGCCUCCUUAUGCCGCGCACCUUUCGGGGGUUAAGCCCCGAUAAAGAGCUUGCUUAGCUAGCAGUUCGUAUUUUGUAAGGUAACUAGGAUUUCUACCUCACCUGCGCGACCUAUGCAAGGGCGGUGUGGACCAAGCACCUGCUGCUCGGUGCUUGCGCUGCCAGGCUCCCACCCCAGAAGGAAGGACAGACAGACGGCGGAGACGGGCAGGAUGAGGAGCUCCACUGUGAAUCGGCAGCACACCACAGGAGGUGCUGGGACUGGUCCAGUCUGUACUGUCAAUAGUUUUAGAUAAAGUAUUUAUCGUUUUUUAAAAAGUAUAAACAAUUCUGACUUAUUUUAUUCCACCUGAGUUGUCAGAGGCAACCUAUUGAGAAGUAUAAAUGUCUAUGUAAGAGAGAACUUUAUAUAUAAAGACUCGGGCCGCAGGGCGGGCCCCACCGAGCCGCCCACCACCGCAAACCCGGUGCUACGGCCGCCAGGCCCGCGCCUGCCUCCGCCUCAUGGUGCUGCCCCGGAUGCUGACCAACGCCAAAGCCAGUACUCGGACACCUGUCCGUGCCCUGCAGAGGUGCCAGCCCUUGGCAGGGCUGUCAGAAAGUCCCUCGGAGAAGGCCCUGUUCCCAGUGGCCAGUGCGCCACUCCUCUAGAGCCGCUGCUCCUGCCUGGGCCCACCGGCCGCCGCGCCGUCACUGCCAGUCCAACUGUGAAUCGCUGGCUGAGGGUCCUGCCUGUGGCGUCGGGGUUGGCGUGUGGGUGCUGCUUGGAGGGCCCUUCUCAUGGCUCGUGCGUGGGCCAGCAGUGGUGAGAAGGGGCCUGUGCAGCACAAAGCUGUUCUGAGUGGUGCUCGAGGAGGCUCGCGCUUGACCCCGGCGGCGCAGUGGCGCGUGUAACAAGUGCAGUUACUUUUGUAUUCCAUUGCUUUUUGGCUGGGGCAGGCCGGCUGGGUGACAUGGGGUAGGCCUGCAGCCGGCCCUGAUAUUUAUGUAUAGGAGAGUGUCACGCUGACAUGUGACAGUAUUUUAUAGAGAUGUGAUGAAAAUUUAUAAAUUUCAUAGACUUGACUGCAUUUAUUUUUAGACUAUAAUGCACAGUGAGCUUAAAAAGAAAGAAAAGCAAGGGGAAUAGAAACCUUAUUUAUUCGAAUGCACAAACAUGGCACUGGCCCCGGGCUGGCCCUCGCCCCACACCCUGAAGGAGCGUGUGUCCCGCACUUGCAGCCAGGGUCCUGCCUGUCACUGUGUCCUUGCAGGUUCUCUCGGCUGCUGUGGGUGCUCCUGGUGUCUCCCCGACUCCAGCAGCCUUGGGGUGCUGGCAUGCGUAUGCUGGCUGUGGCCUUGGCCAGGGCUUGCCGAGCCUGUUCUGGUUCCAUCGGGGAGGCCGGAGCAUUGGGUUUCCCACUGGCCUGGCCGUCUGGUCUGGUCCCCUGCUUCUCCCCACCUAGCAGUGAGUUCUAAAGAUGGUGCUGGGGACCCCUCCCCCAAGUUGGUGCUUUCAGCCUGGCCUCUAGGUGCUGUGCCUCAUUCCCAUGGACCCCGCCCCAGCCCUCAGCAUGGGGCAGCGCCCUGCUUGGCAUGUGGGGGCCAAGGGUCACCUCUUACCACACAGCGCCCUAGGUGACAGGAGCAAACAGCAGGCAGCAGGUCCCUGGUCUCGGAUCACAUUCUCUAAACUAACACUGUAUGUUUCUGCCGACCAGCCCAAUGGCCGGCGCCAGCUUGGGGCAGCGCAGGCCACAUUCAAAUGGCCCUGCCCCGUGAAUAUCUACACACAUACUUGAGUGUUGGGAGACUCACUACCCCACAUUAGGGGCACACGCCCACAGUGCAGCCACUGCUGGGUUUUGGCACAUCUAGCAUGGGUGCAAGUCCCCUCCUGAGCCCACGGGACAUAAGUGUGCCCCACAGUAAGCUAACCGUGUGCGGCGCCUCCCCUCCUCCGCUCCGAGCCUGGCCCGCACCAGGUCUCACCCAGAUCUGCUGAGCCGCGUCACCCAGAGGUGGGCAGGGCAGUGGCACGAGGCCAUCCUGGAAUCUGGUGCUGGCAGUGGCUUCACUGUCCUGGGCUACCCCAGCUUGGGGACCCGGUGCUGCCCUGGCCCUGGGACAACUCCUGGGAGGCUGCCAUGCAGCUCUUGCUCAGGAAUCCGUCAGGAAACCUUAAGGACUGAACAGCCCACCCUCUUGGGACCUUGCUGACCCCCUGGUCACCAGGAACCAGGCUUCCCAUCCUUUGUGAGCCCCACGAACGACAACUUAUUUAAGACUUAUCCGCUCCCGUAUUUAUCCACCCACAGAACACGUGGCCCUGCUCCCCUCCUCCUGGUGAAAUGGUCCAUCCACUCACGGCUCGCCUCACGUGCCCCCCUCCCGGCCCCCACCGGCUCCACUUUGUGUCUGUAAUGAACUCUGUACCCCACCCAGAGCGCCCACUGCACUGUUUCCACCCCUAGGCGCUGUAAUAAAGCAGUUUUCACUUGGA